AUGCGCAUUCAGUCAUUUUUUGAGGGGCUUUGUUUACUCUCGCCUCUUUUCACACAACCAGCCUUUGCCGCGCCACGUCAGUCGAGAAGCUACCAAACCCGGCCAGCUUCCAAGGUCUUUCAGCUCGAGCGAAAUGGCACCUGGUUUGAGAAUCUCGCUGUCCGGUCAAAUGGUAACCUUCUAGCCACGCGAAUUGACAGCCCGGAGCUUUGGUCAAUUGUGCCAAGCAACAACAGUAGUAGCCAGCUAGGGCAUGGCUCCCUUCUGCUCACUUUUCCCAACGCUAUGAGUACUCUGGGCAUUACAGAAAUCGACCACGAUGUUUUUGCCGUAAUUGCUGGCAACGUUUCUCUCCCUAGCAUCGUUUCGACCACGGGCUCAUUUGCUGUCUGGACUGUCAAUCUCAACAGUGCUACACCCGAGGCCAAGGUUCUAGCAUCUCUCCCUGGCGGUCAGUUUCUUGAUGGGAUGACCAAGUUCGGCGAUGACCUUCUUUUGAUUUCCGACGCUCACAAAGGGACAAUCUGGCGCCUCAACAUCACAACCGGAGAAUCGUCAGUGGCCAUGUCAGGUGCUGCAAUGCUCCCCGCUGCUGGGCAGGCCAUUAGAAUCGGCGUGAAUGGGCUCAAGGUGUUGAAAAACUAUGUUUACUACACUAGCACCACCCAGGAAAUCUUUGCUCGCAUCCCGGUUGACGAAAACGCAACCGCUGUGGGACCGAUGGAAUUGAUCACCAGCGGGUUCUCAACGAGGUGA